GGCCAGAGUAAGAGCACCCCGAAGCGCAUUACAGUAAGCACGCGUAAGAUACUAGGCAAGCAGCAACUUCAAACCGCUCUAACUUAACCGCGGUAUAUCAACAGACGUCCAAGCUUGGUUCAGUCAUCUGACUCAACAAUCUGGGUCGGUAUUCCCGGCGAUUUUGGCCUCGGGAGCAAGAGCUCGACCUUCCCAAACCAUCAUUCCCAUUACACACCACCUUCAGCGAGUGCCAGUCGAAAGCUUUCCGCCAUGAUUGACCUUCCCCUGGACCACGGCUCCCUGGAAGACCUCCUCCCCGUCUCUUGGAAAUCGCAAAUUACCGCCUGGCUCGCCGAAGAUACCCCCUCCUUCGACGUGGGUGGCUUUGUCGUAGGCAACCACCCACGCACUGCAACUCUAUGGGGCAAAUCAUCCGGCAUUCUCGCCGGCAUCCCCUUCUUCAACGAAGUCUUCACGCAGUGCGGCUGCACGGUCGAAUGGCACGCGCGCGAGGGCUCCCACAUCGAGACGCACGGCGGCAAGACGGCCCUGGCCACCGUGAAAGGUCCCGCCCGGGGUCUGCUCGAGGGCGAGCGCGUGGCUCUCAACAUCCUGGCGCGCUGCUCAGGCAUUGCGAGCAUGACGCGCAGGCUGCUGGUUAAUUUGCGCAGCGCCGGCUACAAGGGUACCCUGGCCGGCACCCGCAAGACGACCCCCGGAUUCCGCCUGGUGGAGAAGUACGGCAUGCUGGUCGGUGGUGCCGACACGCAUCGCAUGGACCUGAGCACCAUGACCAUGUUGAAGGACAACCAUGUAUGGAGCCGCGGGAGCAUCACCCAGGCCGUCAAGGCCGCGAAGGCUGCCGGCGGCUUCAGCCUGAAGGUCGAGGUCGAGGUGCAGAGUGAGGAGCAGGCCGACGAGGCCAUUGCUGCGGGCGCCGAUGUUGUCAUGCUCGACAACUUUAGUGGGGGGGGCGUCAAGACUACCUCGCGCAGCCUCAAGGAAAAGUGGAAAGGCAAGCGGGAGUUUUUGCUCGAGGUCUCGGGGGGGCUGACAGAGGACAAUGCGGAGCUGUACAUCUGUAACGGUAUGCUCCAACUUUGGGCGUUAUUCUGGAUAGCAGGCGUACUGACCAGGCCCGCAGAUGUCGACAUCCUUUCAACAAGCGCUAUCCACCAGGGUGUGCGCCACAUUGACUUCUCGCUUAAGAUCAAUGUCGACAAGGGAGGCAACGGUCCAGAAGUGUCCAGCUAAACAUAUCUCUCACACAAAAAGGAGCACUAACGUGCGUCAGUGUGAUGAACGGCGGCGAAUUGGAAGCAAAAUUUGCAGAGUCACGGGUUCCUUGCAACACGAGCAACAGGUCUACCACUUGGCUGGCCG